UUUUAUUCCUUCCCUAUAAUUGAUUCCAUGAUCUAAAAAUCAAAACUUUCUGAUACAAAAGUUAAAAAUAUUAAAAGCCCUUUUCCCAUUUUGCCCUUUUUCUUACAUCUCAUUCAAACACUCUCAGUAAUCAAUUCACCCUUUUUGCCAAGAAAAAGAUUUUGAUCCCAGAAUAUCAAAAUCUCAAAUCUUUUAUAAAAGGGUACUAUUACUUUUGAAAAAGAUCCGAACUUUAAGUUUUUAGAUACAAAAAGAUACAAUUUUGGUAUAUAUAUAUAUAUUUUUCUAGAACAUGGGAAUAGAGAGUACAUCAUCAGAUACAACAAGCCCAGAAAGGAAUAGUUGUUGCAAUAAUAAUAAUAAUAUGGAUACACAAGUUAUGUUAAAUGUAUAUGAUCUUACUCCUGUUAAUUCAUAUAGUAUUUGGUUGGGCUUUGGUAUAUUUCAUUCUGGUAUUCAAGUGUAUGGUAUGGAAUAUGGGUUUGGAGCACAUGACUUUCCAAUUAGUGGCGUGUUUGAAGUUGAACCCAAGAGUUGCCCUGGAUUUGUGUACAGAUGUUCCAUCCCAUUAGGGCAUGUAAGCCAAUCACCCACUGAGUUUAGAGAAUUUAUUGAGACGGUUGCUUCAGAGUAUCACGGGGACACCUAUCACCUCAUUUCCAAGAACUGUAACCAUUUUACAGAUGAUAUUUCCCAAAGAUUAACGGGCAAAAAGAUUCCAGGGUGGGUUAAUCGACUCGCCAGACUAGGUGCUGUUUGCAGUUGUCUACUCCCUGAAAGCCUUCAAGUAACUACCGUUAAACAGCUCCCAGAGUAUCACAAUUGUGAUGGCAGUGCCUCUGUGUCAAGCUCGGAUACUCAAGAAUUUAUGGAAUUUGGUCAUGUGGAGGAAAAUAAACACCUGCUUGUAGCACCAGCCUCGAGUGAAGUUGCUUUUGUUAAAGAGGCUGCUACAUGAAAAAAGGCUUCUGUAGAAAUAGUUUGUCUAUUGCACGCCAUUCUUUCGUCCUACUUUUCUUUAUUUUGCACUUUUGGUUGUACAAUCAAAUUGUAAUUUUCUUUUCCCAUUAUGGGAGCUAGAUUGUAGAAAUAUUUUAGUGAUUGAUUGUUUGGAACUCAUUGUAUCAUAUCAUUUUGUUCAAAAGCAUAACAAUAUUACUUUUACUA